AUGCUCGCCCACAGCCCCCCCAAGCCUCGCAAACGAAUCAUCCUGGCAUGCAAUGGAUGCCGGGCAAAACGAACCAAGUGCGAUGGAAGACAGCCAAGGUGUGGGGGGUGCAGUUAUCGCGAGGAGGAAUGUCAAUACACCGAUUCAGAGAGCAAGCGGAAACGACCUAGUAAUGCAUAUAUAUCUGCCUUGGAAGCCCGUGUGGAGUGUCUGGAACGACGACUGGCAGCUUCAGAGGGCAGGGGGAAGACAAAUUCCGACUCCGGGCAAAGAGCUGCUCAGGAACCAAAGAUGGACGACUUGACAGAAGCGUUUGGGUGUUUCACACUGGGGGAUGCUGGGGAGCUGCGAUUCUUCGGGGCCUCCAGCAACUUCAGUCUCAUCCAGAACCACUCGCUCAAAGUCGCCUCGUCGACCGAAGCCCGCCUUCGAGGCCUCGCCGCCGCAAGACAGACGCCCGGGUACUUCGACCCCCCCGCCGAGCUGCGCGAUCAUCUGCUCGGCUUGUUCUGGCGCUGGCAGAACUCCUGGCAGUACCUCGUGCCGCGCGAGCUGUUCCUCCGCGAUCUCUACGUCGACCACAGCGGGCGAUACUGCACCCCGCUCCUGCUCAUGGCCAUUCUCGCCCUCGCCUCGCGAUAUUCAUCCCGCCCAGAGGUGAGGAGAGACAUCGGGGAUGCCAACACCGCCGGCGCCGCCUUUGCCAGUCAGGCCAAGACCAUGCUGGACUACGAGUAUGAAGCCCCCACCACGACUACUGUGCAGGCAACCGCUCUGCUAGGUCUCUAUUGGGCGUCGAUCGAUAACGAAGGGUUGGGUUUCAUGUAUAUUGGCAUGGCCUCCCGCAUGGCGAUGAAUCUGGGGCUGCAUUCGGACUGCUCACACUCCGUUUCGAGGAACCUGGUCUCAAGACAAGACGUCGAGGAACGCAACAUCGUUUUCUGGGGGGUCUAUCUCCUUGACAAACUAUAUUGUCUUGGAAUGGGCCGCCCGGCUAGCAUCCAGGAAUAUAACAUCACAACCGCCAAGCCGACAGCAGAGAAUUAUCCCCUUCUCCCACUCUCGGACGAGCAGACAGUCCUUUCCACUCCUUUUCCGACAUCUCACAUCACCGAGAACGCCGUUGCCACCUGCGAGCUUCUCAUCAUCACCUCAGAAGUCAUCGAUCAACUGUAUGCCCAGCGCUCGGAAUGGACAGACCGAGAAAGAGAGGACCGGGUGAUGGAGACACAGCUGCGAGCGACAAGAUUCCACGACCGACUACCUAAAAGCCUCAGAAUCUCCGACUCGAGUCUGCAGCCGUCAAGGCCAUACGUGUACCAGCUGCAUCUACAAUACCACCAUUCGGUGAUUCUCCUCCACCGGCCAUUUCUCAAUCCCUUCUCCCCCUCCAGCCAGUCUAUCGAAUAUGACCCUGACGGCAAGGAUAUCCAUUCAAGAUCUUGCAAGGCGGCUGCCAUGAAGACCUCCCAGAUUCUCCGGAUCUACAUGAACAAUUUCACAAAGAGAUACUUUCCCAUCUCAGCAGUCCAUCCCACCUUCACUGCAGCCAUUAUCCUCCUCCUCGACCUGAAGAUCAAGAAAGAAAAAGAAACCAUGCACUCUCUGUGUAUCUGUAUGAAAGCCCUGUACGGCAUGAAUAUCAAUUGGGACUGGGCCAACAGGUCGAUCCGGGCGAUCCGGUCUCUCGCCGCCCAGUGGGAGGUUGAUCUUUUUGUUCUUGAUUUGGAACGGGAUAUCGAUGAGGAGAGUCGUCGUCAGUAUGAGCGUUAUCCGGGUAAUAGUUAG